AUGAAGAUCCAGAACUGCAAUGGCAAGUACUUCGGAAAUGCGCUCUGCAGGAUCCAUGUGGCGUUCGCGCUGACGAUCAUGGACCUGAUAGAUCUUGUUCUCUUCUUCUCGGAUACCUUCUUGUGGUGGAUCAUCCGGAACACAAUCCUCAGUAUCGGCAUCUUCACGCGGCUGCCCAAGCGAAUUUACGCCAAGCUGCUUGCUGCGGCGGACUUGGACACGAAGUACAAGCCCAAGGUGCUAGUCUCGCAGAGCGACAAGGGCCUGAAGGGCGAGUUCUUCACUCCCAGCAGCGAGGCAGAGCGUCGCUUCGUUCUUCGCGCACUCGCUGGCGACCACGUCCCGGAGCCUAUCCUGUUGAUGCAAUGCGGGCGUUCACAGUCUUGGCGCUGUGGAAGGGAAAUUCGUCCCACGCAUCCUUCCCUCUUAUGUUACAACUUCCUACGGUAUGCUCGACUAUACCGGCGCGCCUGCGACGAACCGGAAGGCCGCGACGCGGACCCGCUAGUAGGACGAGACGAGCGCCGUGACGCCGAGUGCCGCACCUGCUGGGGGACCAGGUCGCGAUUAGUAAAUAGCACCGCGUGCGAGCUGCCAAUCACGUACCGAGACAAGGGUUCGUUGGUCAACGCUGGAAGGGGACUCAAGGGACGUCCGUCGCCAGGAGGGUCCCAUAUGCCUGCUGUACAAUACUUUCCUUAUUAGGUAUCAUUCCUUCCCGAUACGUCAAACACUCACGCUUCGCGCUUCUUUCGAACCAUCUCUCGCUCGCCGACGUCUCUCCCCUCAGCUUCUACUACCUUUUUAUCCCUCUCGCGCUUCCAUUCUUCUAGAACGUCUCGUGUGUAUUAGUACUGGGCCGCGUCGCCUGCUCUCUAUCGAAUCAAAUCCCACCUCUCUCGCUCUCUCUCGCCUCGCUAUCCCGACCUCGGCACUUAGACGCGACACUGCGGUCGCGGGUGCAAAGCAAGUCGAGUCGCGUUCCGAUACCAACCCCGUCCACCCUCGACCUCUCGACCUCCCUGCAUCAGGACGAG